AUGGUCACCCCUGAUGAGCUGUUUGGCCCCGCCUCCCCACAUUGGAGUGACAGCAAGAUGGCAGACAGACGCCGGAGUGGCGAACAGGGCCGGCGACCCAAGACAAGGGCCCAAAACUCUCGCCUACACGCUAGUCGUAGGAGCUCCAACGAUGUGGAGACAAACACGUUUCCAGAUGCGUCUGACGGUUAUUCUAGUCCGGAGAGAAAAACAUACGAUGAGGGGACUUCUAAAAACCACGAACCAAAAACACCUCGGAGAAAGUCGUCUGUAAACCACGGGGAAUCCCCACUGAGGUCAGUGUCCAGAUUCGAGUCCAUUUCUAGACACGAGGCGGGCUACGACUCGUCUAGAACCAGCGACUCCAACAGCCGAGAUGACGAUAAACCAAUCCCAACCAGCAGGCGCCACAGCAGAACUGGAGACACGCCCGCAACAAAUCGAUUGUACGGUUCGAACACCGCCAGGAUUGAGAGAGAUAACCACCGACUGUACGACGCAAGGACAGAUAAGCGAUACGUACCUCGAUACAGUCCCUUGUCGAACAGAUCAUCCUACAAUCACGGCGACAUUGUGGACGAGAACUUGAUGAUAUCAAACCCCAAACUUGACAUCACGCUGCUGAAGCUCUUCGCCCAAUCCAAUUCCCGGAGCUCUAGUAACAAUACAUUUCUUCCUAGCGUGGCGGACGGCCAAGAGGACUUUAUUAGCAUGGAGCCUGUGAUGUGGAGGGUGCACCCCAUGGACGCCGUGCACCGGGAGACGCUGGACCGCGAGAUGGCGUACAUCACCGACAACAUCAACCCACGUGACGUGGUGGGGGAGUUGUACAGACAGCACGUGCUGACACACACGGACUACAACCAGUUAUCGAGGAUCGAGAACCAGGGAGACAGAGCCGUGAGUCGCCUGAUGGUGAAGACUCUACAACGACGCGGUGCCGGUGCCUACCCGGCAUUCCUGGAGGUCCUUCAGGCUCGUGGUUACCCGGAUGUCCGUGAGCGUCUCUUGGAGUCGGAGCAGUCCCUGAAGGUGGGGAUAAGGGCGGACAAACACGGGCUCAAGAAUUAUUUAAUGACACCACCAAGAACAAGGGACAGAAGCACGGAGAGGACAAACGAUUACACAGGACUUCCCAUGUACCCCACCCUCUCAUCAAACCCCACCGUACCAGCCACCCCCCUGAUGAUGACCGCGGGGCAGAUAACUCCACUGUUCCACAACCCCUACCCCUACCAGAUGCCCAUGACGUUUCAAAUGGCCUCCCCUACCUACCCCAUGAUGGCGAAUCAGGGGACAAACUUUGGUGGUGGGAGGACCCCCACGCCUUUAGACCAGAUUCAGUUUAACCAAAUCGAGAGAAAUCUGGAUUAUAUGAGGGACGAGUUAAGGGCCCUUCAUGAAGAAAUGAGGGACAUCAAAUCUAACAUUAAAAAAGGUGAGUGUUAA